UGUUUACAACUUCCUAGUUAAUAUUUUCGCCAAACGCAUAUUACCAUCAAAACAAGGCUUAUUUAAUCUGGCAAGAUAUAACGUGAAGUCUAGCAAUGGAUACCCGAACCAUGCUCCUGUUUUCUGCUGUUGUCAUGAAUUUUGGACCUUUAUUGGCAAGCCAGAACCUGAAGUGCGCUCAAGGGUACUGGGGUGCAGAUUGCAAAGAUCGAUGCUCCGAAGGCUGCUCGUACAUCGGAUGUGACAAAAUUACUGGCUCUUGCUUUGGAUGCGACUCAGGAUAUCACGGGAAACAUUGUGACAUUUCGUGCCCGGCUCAUUGUGUAUGUGAUCGUUUCAAUACGAAAUGCACAUCCUGUGACAAUGGCUGGCACGGUGAUUCUUGCAAUAUACCGUGUCACAGCAAUUGUGUCUCGUGUUCAAAAACUACGGGUGUAUGUUCGACAUGUGAAAAUGGCUGGUAUGGGACCAAUUGUACCGUACCGUGCUCCGUAGGAUGCGACAGAAAUUAUUGUUCGAAGUCAACUGGGUACUGUUCAAGUUGUAAAGUAGGCUGGUUUGGGUCAAAUUGUGAAAAGCAAUGUCCAGUCAACUGUCAUAAUGGAUGUCAGAAAAGUUCUGGUUAUUGUAGUUACUGUAAGUCUGGGUUUUGGGGUCCAGAAUGUUCAAGUGUUUGCCCGAAAAACUGUGAAAGUUGUGAUAAAUCUGAUGGGGCAUGUUUGUUUUGUCCUAACGGUUUAUGGGGAAGAAACUGUUUGAAAACGUGUAGUACUAACAACUGUAAAAUAUGUGAUAUAAAUACAGGUAUCUGUAAAGUUUGCAACUCUGGUUUUUGGGGAUCUAACUGUAACUACGUAUGCAACAACUGCUCAACUGGAAAAUGCGACAUUUCUACCGGUGUUUGUAAGACCUGUCCACAUGGGUUUGCAGGAGAACACUGCAACAUUAGGUGUGAUACUUCAACCUGUUCCAACUGGUAUUGUGACAAAAAACGAGGAUUUGCGUGUUCAAGUUGCGAGAACGGAUUUUGGGGAACAUUAUGUGAGAAACUAUGUAGUGUUAAUAACACUUGUAACAACUGCUACAGAAGUACAGGGGAUUGCUGGUCCUGCAAAACCGGGUUCUGGGGAACAUUUUGCGAGAACAAAUGCAUGGAAAAAAGCAGAUGUAACUAUUGCAACAAAAAUACUGGAAUAUGUAAUUCAUGCGUAAGUGGAUAUUGGGGAAAUGCUUGUGAAAAGGAUUGUAAUAAAAGCUGUCGCAAUAGCUGCAAUAAAAAUACAGGAAAAUGCUCGUCAUGCAGAGCCGGAUCCUGGGGAACAUUUUGUGAAAACAAAUGCCUGUUAGGAGACAGAUGUCUUUAUUGCGGUAUAACCAACGGAAUAUGUGAAACCUGCGUUAUCGGUUUCUGGGGUAGUUCGUGUGAAAAGAAUUGCCCUUCAAACUGUGCAGGACACUGCGAUAAAGGGAAAGGAACUUGUUUCUCUUGUAUACCGGGUCUACGUGGUUUACACUGUGAUACUAAAUGUGAAAAUGACAACUGUGAAACUUGCAAACGCUAUGGUGACAGUCAUUCCUGUACCCAAUGCCGAGCCGGAUUCUGGGGUCAAAACUGCGACAUUCAGUGCAAGUCUGAACGAUGCAUUGAAUGCCAUAUGGAUGAAGGACGCUGUACUCUGUGCGAUGACGGAUUUUGGGGAAAAUCCUGCCAUUUAAGGUGCCAUGAAGCGUGUAAAUGUUGCAAUGUCACUUCCGGCACUUGUUCGCAAGAAAACGAUUGCAUGCAAGGAAAUUAUUUGUACUACACAACAGUGGUACCUGCACAGACAAACAAUACCUUAAUUACAGUUGGUAUUGCAUUAAUUGGUUGUUCCAUAGCAGUGCUUUUCGUAGCCAUUGGUGUAUCAUGCAUGAUAAGACGCCGAAGCAAAGAGAAGGCUGGCGCAGGUACAUCAGCGGAAAACAACAUAGUACUACAGAGUAUUUCAUAUACAGUGAACCGUAAGGGGAUCGACAAAGUUGAGGAACCGUCGCUUCAAGCCACAGAUGGCAAUCGCACAUAUGAGACUCUGGAAAGAAACAAGCGGUUUGAAGAAGAAAACUACGCAGAUGUCCUCCAGACAGAUGUUUUGUACGAAAAUAUGUCUGUCUAAUUAGAAGCCAUACGUUUUGUCCAUUUUCAGAAAAUUAAAAUUAACAUUGUUUUGAAAGUGAGUAUGAAAAUCAGAAAACAUUGAAAGACAUUGUCCAUUUUCCUGUUUUGUAAUAGUGUGUACAAAUGUAUCAUAAUUCGCUUACGUUAUGGUUUUUGUUUUCAUCCGUUUCUUUUGCACAUGCAUCCUCGAUUAGUCUCAGAUUUAUAGAAGUGGGCAACAAAGGAUAUCGACAUAGAUUAAAGUGUUAACAUUCAAACACGUAUCGAUGAAACUAUAUAACUAAUAUAUGUUUUGAGAUGUUUAUUUUUCGUUGUAAGCUUGAUUUGGUUUAAGUAUUUUCCAUUGUAACUAAAUAUGUUAAACAAGUUAGGCUGAAUUUUCAAUGUUGCAUUAUAUUGGAAAUAGGCAAAUAUUUAAAUUGGUUUGAGAAAAACUCUUAUAUGUAUGUACAUAUUUUCUACCAAUUGUGUCACCUUUUUAUGAAAUUAAGUCAAAGCCUGGGCUUCAGAGCCUUGAAAACGAAAUUAUUUAUAUUAUGGAGAAUUUGCAUAAAUUUGAUCUGAUUUGAUUUUGUAUUGUCUGACAAAAUGUACCGCUAUAAAAUGAAUAUCAAGAUAUUCUUAGUGAUACAAUUACUACUAACACAUUGUCCUGUGACAACUUUAUUAAUUAAUACAGAAUUAAUUGCCGUUUGCAAAUAUAUGGUAUUUAAAUUCUGAAUAGGAGGGUCGAUACAGAUGCGAAUAAAGACGAUUUUCCUUUUAUUGAUUCUGUAGGAUGUAGUGUUAUAGACUAUUUUGUAGCAUCAAAUGCUAUAUUUAUAAAUAUGUGUUACUUUUGUGUUGAUGCUAUGUCUAAUUGUAAGCAUCUACCUUAAACAUUUAAUAUAUCAACAUAUGUCAAGAGAACACUCAAUUUAAACUGUCUGUAAAUUUUAGAGCAAAGAUGAGGAGCAAAGAUACCAUGAACAUGUUGAAAAAUUGAAAAUAAUUUUCUUAAUGGCGAUUAUGAUUCACUGAUUUUGCUUAAGAUAUUGAAUAAGAUACCUUUAAAUUACACUUCAUAUUAAAAUUGAUGCUCUCUAUGAAGAUUACCAAUCCUUAACUCCUGUAACAGAAACAUCAAACAUUAACUUGCAGGAAGCCAAAAGUAAUCGUUUUUGCAUGUGGCUGUUGCAGACCUGAUCCAAGCUGGUUACAUCCUUAGGAGAAAUGUAUCAUAUCAAGUGUAUAGUAAGAACAUGCUUUUAUUGUCGAGAAAUAUCUUAUAAAGGUUUUGCGUGAUACUGAUUUAGCCGACAUAUGGGAAUAAGAAAAAGUAUGAGAAAAAUCACUAUGUAUUUAGAUGUUGAGACAGAUCUGUGUUAUAUAUUCUUCAGCAUUAAUAUAAAUGUUACGUUUGUCUGAGGUGGAGACAGUUUAAAUUGUGUGUUUUAUAUAUGUUAUGACUGUUGUAUUUAUAUUUUGUAUAAGUUUUGAUAAAUAAGCAUUGUUUUCAUUAUAGCCAAGAUAUUUGCCUUGCCUUGACAAGGUUGAUAGCGGAGCAUAGUCUGAAGACUACAGAGAUAUUUUUCUUCUGUCCAUUUCUUUUUGUUAUUAAUUUCGGCAAGAUACAUGGACAAGCAUGUAUCAAAUAAAAAUAGUAAGAAAUUAUACACAAACCUAUUUUCUCGAAACCAAAUGCUUUUUCAUUACAAACAUUUUACAAAUAGAUAACAAGUACUUUAAAUUCUCUCAUAAUAGUUGUUGUUUGUAAAUGUUUUAUGUUUUUACAUAUAUACAUGUCUAAUGGUGAUUGGGCCGGUGGUCUUUAUCACAAUAAAGAUUUAAUUUGA